AUGAAAUCGUUCCGGGGGGAUGGGGGGCUCUCUCCCCCCUCCCUGGCCGCAUUGUGGAUGCCGGGACCCCCCGGUGCAACACACAAACUCUCCAGGUGACUCAGGCUGUCGGAGGCUCUGGGACUGGGUGACUGCGGCAGGAUGGAGCGGCGGCUCGGGGCACUGCUGGCGGUCGGGGUUGUGCUGGGGCUGCUGAAGGAGAUCGCUGGCUUGGUCCCGCUGAGCGACUUUUACCCCUUCGGGCUGGAACACGGGGACACGGUCAAUGCCAAAGUGGAUGAUGGAGGAUCGGGGCUGGUGGAGAUCUCGCUCAGCUUUCCAUUCUUCGGGGAGAGGCACUCCGGGCUUUACGUGAAUAAUAAUGGGAUUAUAUCAUUCCUGAAAGAAGUUUCCCAGUUCACUCCAGUGGCAUUUCCAAUCUCUAAUGAUCGACGAGUGGUGGCAGCGUUCUGGGCAGAUGUGGACAACCGGCGGGCUGGUGAUGUCUUCUACAGGGAGACCAAAGACCCUGCCAUACUUCAGAGCACAACUGACGAUAUCAGGAGGUACUUCCCGGAGCUUGAGGAAUUCAGCACCCAAUGGGCACUUGUGGCCACUUGGCAUAAAGUGACGUUUUUUGGAGGGAGUUCGUUUUCACCGGUUAACACCUUCCAGAUUGUCUUGGUCACAGAUGGAGAGUUAUCCUUCACCAUCUUCAACUAUGAAAAUAUCACCUGGACCACGGGGAUGCAUGCCAGCAGUGGAGGGGAUUUUGCUGGCCUGGGUGGCAUCGCUGCACAGGCAGGUUUCAACGCUGGAGAUGGUAAACGUUACUUCAAUAUUCCUGGAUCACGCACAGACGACAUUGUGGAUGUCGAGAUGACAACCAACGUCGGGAUUCCUGGACGCUGGGUAUUCCGAAUCCAUGACGCGCAAGUAGAAGUCGGCGGCUGCAAUGAUACAGCCUCGGUGUGCUUGAAUCUGCGGCCCUGUCUGAACGAUGGAAGGUGCAUUGAUGAUUGCAUUACUGGAAAUCCAUCUUAUACGUGUUCAUGUCGAGCAGGAUUCACAGGCCGGAGGUGUCAGAUAGAUGUCGAUGAAUGCUCCUCGUAUCCUUGUCGCAAUGGGGGGACUUGCAGAGAUGGACAGAAUGCCUUCACUUGUCAGUGCCCUGCUGGGUUUACAGGAAUGCUCUGUGAAACAGACAUUGAUGACUGUGUGCUGAAUGAAUGUCAGAACGGAGCCACCUGUAUCGAUGGGAUUGAUACGUACAGCUGCGCGUGUGUACUUGGGUUUAUUGGGAAGCACUGCAAAAUUGCUGAGUCCUUAUGUAAAACGAAAGAGUGUCUAAAUGGCGGUGUGUGUGACACAGACAAUGGAACUGCAAUGUGUAUCUGUCGGAAGGGCUACACUGGGGAUAACUGUGAAAAUGAAACUAACAAGUGUGACUCCAGCCCAUGCCUGAAUGGAGGCGAGUGUAUCGACCUGCUCAAUAAUUACACAUGUCUGUGUCCUCAGUCAUAUACAGGAAAACACUGCGAAACAGGUGGGCCCACAGUCCCAAGCGUCUGUCAGUCAAGUCCAUGUCAAAAUGGGGGAAAGUGCAAAGAGAAUAAUGGCGACUACCUCUGCGACUGUCCUGAAGGAUUUACAGGCCGUGACUGUGAGAAUGAGGUUCUCCAGCCCUGUAAUGCCCACCAUCAGUGCCCGCACGGGGCCUCCUGCACUGAAUAUGGAGGGACUUACCGCUGUAUCUGCCCGCAAGGACCCAGUGGGAAAGAUUUGAUGCCGUCCCCCUGUGACUCGGACCCUUGUCAGAGAGGAGGGACUUGCAAUGAGCAGGAUGGCUCCUACACCUGUCAGUGCCCACCGGGCUUCAGUGGGCAGCGCUGUGAAAAAGAAAGACUCCGCUCCUGUGCGUCCAAUCCAUGUCGCAAUGGUGGAACCUGCAAAGAGGCUCAUGGAACUUACCAGUGCAUCUGCCUGUAUCGCUUCACUGGCAAGAACUGUGAGACUGGUAAGCCAGACCCAUGUUCAUCAAGCCCAUGCCAGAACGGUGGCACCUGCUUCCAUUAUAUUGGUAAAUACAAGUGUGAAUGCCCUAGAGGAUUCACCGGACGGCACUGUGACACAGAGGUGGACUGUGGGAUCCCCAGUGAAGUGAAACAUGCUGAGGUGCUCAUCUCUUCGACCAAGUAUGGCUCAGUCGCUCAGUACGUUUGUGAAGCUGGAUACACAGUGCAGCCAAGUACAGGCGAGAGUACCUGUCGAUUGGAUGGAAGAUGGAGUGAAGCACCAACCUGCGAGGUUGUGAAUCCUUGCCUUCUAAGCCCCUGUGGUGCUCGUGGUUUCUGUCGCACUGUAAAUGAAUCAUACAUCUGCACUUGCAAAGUCGGAUACUCAGGAAAACACUGCGAUGCAGAACUUGCUCCACCAGCAGCACUGAAGGUGGAAAAAUCAGAAGGUACUGAGAUUGAAAUCUCGUGGCUUGCCCCCGGGAUCGACAGUGCACAGGAGCUGAUCGAUGGCUUUGCGGUAACGUACACGUCCUACGAUGGGAAAGUGCGCAAGACUGAUUUUGUCGACAAAAGUAGAUCACAGCACCGGCUGAGGCCAUUAUCCCCAGGCAGACUUUACAACAUCUCUAUUUUCUCAGUCAAACGUAACGCCAAUCAGAAUGACAUCAGCAAGCCUGCUGUGCUCCUUGUGUGGACAAAACCUGGUCCUAUUGGAAACCUGUCAGUGGCGAAUGUCACUGCCUCCAGCAUAUCCGUCACCUGGUCUUUGCAGAGCGCAAAACAGUCGAUUAUCAGCGCUAUCCGGCUCUCUCUGAAGUCUUCUGACUCAGCUGGAGAAAUGACAGUUCUGCUGGCGCCAAAUCUCACGCACUACACCUUUCGUGACCUUUCUCCAGGAGAACUUUAUACAGUAGAAGCCAUGCCACAGAUGAGUUUUGAGGCUCAGGAGGGCCUUUUGGAGGGUCUCACAGCUCCACCCCUGCCUGUGUGGACACGACCACUGCCUCCUCAGAACCUUGUACUGGCUGCUGCCACAACAACUACAGCAAAGCUGCGCUGGGACAACCGCCUGACUGGCUCCAGCAAUGGUUACGUCAUCAAUAUCACAACCAGCCGUGACAUGAAAAGCCGCUACAUUCCUAAUGGAAAGUUAAACGCAUACACGCUGCGUGACCUGGAGCCAGGGCACAGGUACAAGCUGGCACUAAUGGCGGUGCAGGAUACGGAGAGAGGACAACUGGUUAGUGACCCUGCACAUCUAACCAUCAGCACUUUGCAAAUUCAAAGUAGCACAAAGCGAGGGGAAUCACAAGGAAACUCAAAUGGCAAGACAGAGCCUGGGGAUCCUGGCGCGUACAACAACCAGCUGCAUAUCACACUACAACCUGAUGAUGAGGUGGAAAUUAACAACGGAAGCUACGAGGACAAUUCCCAAGUCAUAAAAUACUCGGAGAUGCUGGAUGGGAGAGGGCGAAUCAGUGCCACGUUUGCCAACCUGCAGCCAAAACCCAUAACUCACCGAGCACGCCCAGAGCCACCAAUCAAACUGGAAAACUUGGAAGAAUCGACCAAUCGUAUAAGCCUGGCCUUGGAGAUCCAAGAAUCUGAGACCAAUACUAAGCCAGAUGAUCAAUGGGAAUGUUCCUCAAACCCCUGUAAAAAUGGAGGUACCUGCGUGAAGGGGAUGGACUCAUACAUGUGUGAUUGUGAAACAGGAUUCAAGGGAAAAAACUGUGAAUUAUUUUGUAAGAAGUUGCCUCACCCCUGCACACGCCUGUACUCUGAAACUAAAUCCAUUCCAGUGUGGGAGGACAGUGUCUUCCAGUUUAAGUAUAAAAGAAUUUAUAAAGUUCAUCAGGAUACCUGCUACAAAGAAGUUUGUGAGCCCGUUGUACACAGAAAACCCAGAAACAGAAGGUUGUUCAGACAUUAACUAAUUACUGGGCCUUCUAGCUGAUGUGUGUAAGGAGAUCACAAAUCUGAAGACAUCAGAAGAAUGGGUGCUAGUUAAUCAAACCCACCACAAGUUAACGCAUUGUAAAGACGAGGCCACCCAUUGAAGAGCCAGCCAUAAUGUCUUAGUAUCACUGUGUUCAAUUUGGGGAUGUCAGAGUCCAAAAAACCAGGACAGUUGAAAUUUGAUCAACACAUAACUAACUGAAGAAGAAUGAGUGUGUGGAAGGGAGGGAGGGGAGAGCAGGUGCACACACUCUUACUUGUCUUUGUGUUCGAGGAGAGAGGUGAGUGGGUGAAUGAAUGCUUGUGGUACAUGGGUGCAUUUGAGUGUGAAUACGUCUGUUUAUUCACUUCAGUGUGUCUGCUGUGUUUAAAUUCUUCAAGCUGAGAGACGAGGCUGCUGGGAAUUUGAAUUGCAUUGUCGUAGUGGUAGCAUUGUGCAGACUUCAAUCAAAUAAGUGUGGCUCCAAUAUAUUGUGUAUAGUACAGAGCCCCUUAGACUGCCUGACAGUGUGCUUAACCCUACCUCCCUUGCUGUACCAUUUUGGUAUUUCCAUUCAUGUUAAGCUUGUGCUAGUUAGAAAUUAAAAUAUUACAACAGUUCUGCGGCAUGCACUUAUCACUUAUUUGCUGAGACCUUGGUCGAGAUUGCCCUGACUGUCUUCAAUUAAGACCCAUGGAACAUGGAUCUUAAGGGCCAAGAGAACUUUUAAACCCCUCUCCCUCAGUUGGAUGAUGCUAACCACUCUUCACCAGAAAGAGGAUACCUUCAUCUCAUCUGUCUGAGCUGAAUUUGAACCAUCGCUCCAGAAUUGAUAGUGCAAUGCCUAACUGAAUACACUUACUAGUUUCCAUUAGAGAAAGGACCUACCAUUGAAUCAUAGCCAUUUACAGGAUAGAAAGUGACCAUCAUGUCUGUGCCGACUGUUUGCUAGAACAAUCUAAAACUAAUUCCACGGUCCACCUCUCCACAUAACCCUGCAUCUUUCUCCAAUUCCUUCAGAAGAUGCAACAGUCUCUCACGGUCUACUCAUAACAGCUCUCUAUAUGAAGAAUCUUCUCUUAAUCUCUCUGCCCACUCAGUUAGUGACAGUUUUAAAUUGAAGACCCCUUGUUGCUGACUCCCCAGCCAUCUUUCCUUAUUCACUGUUAAAACCAUUCAUAAUUGUAAAAAAACCCCAAUUAAAUCUACUCUUAGCCUUUCCUACUCCAGUGGAAAUAGUCUCAUGUCCUACCAAUAGCAGCUGGACUUGAAUCUGGUCCAUGCGUAGAGUGGCAGUUUCCACUGUGCCCAGCUCUGCCCUCAUCCCCCCUCCAUUAAAAAGACUUAUUGAUCCCUGGGUUGCGCUACCAAAGGUAGGCUUUUUUAUGGCAUCGUCACCUCCUCGGCUACAUCUGCUUAACCUUUGACAUUGCAACACUUUAUUACAACAAAACCAGAACCAGGCUUUCUAUUACUGUAUUUUCUCAUGUUAUUGAGAUGAGUGUCUGACUAUGUGCCGCGUACUAAUUGUUGGAAAUUGUGUGCUUGGAUGAAGAUUGUAUGUUCCCCUUGGUUCCUGACUGUAGAAUGUAAGGGGAUGCUCAGAAUUUAAUUACAGUGGCAUUUUAUGCUUAUAAGUUUGUCAGAAUUCAACUGGAAAUCCCUGACACCUGACAAUUCCUGAGCAGUCACAGCUUAUAUGAUUUGGUAUUAUAUGGCAGUUUGUAAAAACAAGUGGGUAGAAUUUCAACUUGUUGUCAGGUAUAAAACUGCCCAAUAUGGAAGCUCCCUGAUUUUCAUUCCCAUUGAUCUCAAGAAACUGAAUUUUGCAGUAUUUUGACACUGAUAAACAGUGUUGGCACGGUGAACUUUGACAAUGGUGCUUUUCUUCCCCCAAACCCCAACACGGAAUAUGAAGUGGCAUAUUACAAACUUUGAAAAACCGUACCAUUAUCACUAUGGCACUACCACGAUUCCACAUUUAAUGUAAAGAUAACAUAUUCAUCUGAGUCUUUCAUAAUCUUUGGACCAUCCGUGUUUUUUCUUAAUUGCUGGCUUUUCUUCUUGUCUGUUGCCCUCAAAUAAACCUUGUAUGUAUUCAGUCCAUCUUGCGAGCACUUAGCCACUUUCCAUGAUAACUUGCUCACAUUUCCCUUUGAUGCAUCCACCAGAUGUACAGCCAACUUUUCCUGUGAUUUCUCUAAUAUCUUUAUGCAUUGUUCUUGAGACUGUAUUUUGAACCUUUUCUAUUCCUUCACAUUUUUUGUUCAGCCACUUUUCCUUCUCUUCAACAUAUUUUUGAUCCUUUAAUUCAAUUCCUGAUAUUUCUAUCGAUCUAUUUGCUUUACCUUCCUUCUGUCCUCCAUCAGGUCCAAUAUUCCACUUGUCUCCUUUUUUUAUUUCUUUCUCUUUUCUUUAAUUGCAAUGGUGCUGUUUGAUGAUUCUAACAUUGAUGCUUUGAAUAUUCCUCAUGUUGAAUGGCUUCCUUGGCCUUCAAGCUGUUUGAAACAGUUUUGAACUUCCACUUUAAAUUUUUCUUUAACUGUGCUCUCUGUAUUGAGUAGUUCAUAAUCUAGACUCUUUAAUGCCCCUGAUUAAUUCUACUUCCUCAGCUUUAUUUUGAUGGUACAAACUACAGGUACAUGGUCACCUCCACAGUCGACAUCCAGGGAUGGGCCUUUGCUUGUGGAACUGAGUUUUGGAAUCUGCAAUUUAUUGUCACACAGUCAGUUUCAUUUCUGGUCAUGUCACCUGGACUUUUCCAUGUUUGUUUUCUUCUUAGAUGCUUCUUGAACCAGAUAUUUAGGCCCAGAUGAAAUAGUCACCAAACAAAUUAAAAUUUUAGAAGACUUUGCAAUAGACAAACUGACUCUCAUCUUCAAUGACGUUUACGGCACGGGAGAAAUCCCAGGAGACUUGAGUAAACCAAUAUUUAUUGCACUCCCUAAAAAUCCCAAAGCAAUUGAAUGUGAAAUCCUUCGCACUAUCAGUCUGAUGAGUCACAUUACUAAGAUCCUUCUUCGAGUACUGAUGAGUAAGGCCAGGAGCAAGAUAAAGCCAGAAAUUUCAGUUCUUCACUGUGGUAUUGUAGAAGAUGGAGGAAUGAGAAAUGCUGUCUUUAUGGUGCGCACCCUAUCAAAAAGAGCCAUAGAGAUGACAAAAGGUGUAUUCAUGUGUUUUAUUGAUUACACUCAGGCAUUUGAUAAGGUGAAACAUGAAGAACUGAUGAGCAUGUUAGAGUCUAUUGACCUUGCUGGCAAAGAUCUUAAGAGUAAUAAGAAAUCUAUAUUGGGAACUAUCUGCGGCCAUAAAAAUUGAAAAUGAUCAAAGUGAUUUUGUGAAGAUUAAAAGAGGGGUCAGUGUGUAUUUUGCUCCCCAGAUUUAGUCAAUUUAUAUAGUGCAAAUAUUCUUAGAGAGAUUGAAGACCUUCCUGGAUUAUUAGUUGGCGGUUACAACCUUAAUAAUAUAAGAUAGGCUGAUGACACCAUUCUUAUUGCCGACCUGAAGAGAUACUGCACAAGAUUUUGGACAGGGUAGUGAGUGAAAGGGAGAAGAAAGGGCUGAGCAUAAGUUGUAAGAAAACAAAAUGUCCAAAAAGAAAGUCACACCAGAAUGGAAGAUCACAGUGAAGAAUGAAAAGAUCAAACAGGUGGCCAAAUUUUGUUACCCAAGAAAUAUGUAAACUUCGGGCAGAAAAUGCAACCAAAAAAAAGACGAAGGAUUGGGAUUACCAAAGAUUGCCAAAAUAAAAAAGAUUGUGAUCAACUCAAAAUUAGCCACAAAGACAAAGCUGAGGACCCUGGAAUGCUCCAUCACACCAAUUUUGACAUACAGAAGCAAGUGCUGGGCAAUCAAUGAGGCAAUGUAGAGAAGAAUUGAGGCUCCAGAGUGGAGUUUUUUGAGGCAAAUAAUGAAGCUAUCUUGGACAAGUCACACUAUUAAUGAAGAAGUACGAGUAAAACCUGAGACCAAAAGAAUUCUGCUGACCAAGGUCAGGAAGAGACAGUUGGAAUUUCUUGGGCACAAAAUCAUGAUUUAGAAAGUCUGAAGCUGAUGGGGAGAUCGAUGGUAAAAGAGAUCGAGGUAGACAAAGAAUGUAAUUUUUAAAGAGCCUUGCAAACUGGAUGAAUUUACCAUCAAAGAAGAUGAUCCACACCUCCAGAGCAAGAUUAACAUGGAGGCCCAAGGUUGCCAAUGCCCUCUUAGGGCAUGGUACCUGAAGAAAGAGAGAGCGUGAUCUGAGUCAGCAUCUGGGAAUGCAAUGAUGUGGCUCCAAUACUUGUUAAGGAACGAUCCUUCUUCAACCUCCUUAACCCUCAGAAGCCCCUCCCGCAAUAUGCCCAAGAUCUGUCUCCAGCAAUCGUGUGUAAAAUGAGCUAGAAUUCAUCAGGAUUAAUGAUGGAAUAUCAUUCCACCAGAGAUGGUGCCUUCUUUGAGUAGUGUAAGUUGGACUCUUGUUGUCAUAACGAUGCAGUACACCAUUCCGGCAUCUUGUAGCUUGAAUCGUAUCUUCACUUGCUCCACACUUCACACAUUCAUACUAUUCACAGCCUCUCAGUGAGACCAAUGAUGACAGUGAUAUGUUUGAGCUCGUGUUAAUAUUCCCUGGGAUUUUUCAUAACUGCUUCCACACAGUGGCUUCAAAUAUUCCACAUUGGUGAAUUGCACUGAAGUUGUACCAAUGGAAACUGGGUUGGACCUCCACUCACCUGGAGAGGUGUUUACACCAGAGUUUCAUGGGUCAUCUUAUUUAUAUAUCCAUUGAAGCAGUGAUAGUGCCAUAGGGUCAUUAUGGCACAGAAGGAGGCCAUUCGGCCCAUCGAGUCCAUGUAGGCUCUCUGUGGAACAAUCCAGUCACUCCCCUUCCAUUUGUGUAAAAUAACUGCUGGAGGAGCCUUUGAAGAAGCAAAUUCUCAUUGAAGAUUGCAGCAGGAAGCUGGGGGAAGCAGAUUCUCAUUGAAGAUUGCAGCAGGAGGCUGGAGGAAACAAAUUCUCAUUGAAGAUUGCAGCAGGAGGCUGGAGGAAGCAAAUUCUCAUUGAAGAUUGCAGCAGGAGGCUGGAGGAAACAAAUUCUCAUUGAAGAUUGCAACAGGAGGCUGGGGAAGCAAAAGGGACGAUGCGUGGCUUACUCAAUUGACUGUCAGCUGGCUUGACUGGAUAUCUCAUGAUUUUUUUUUGCCAUUUUGCAAGAAUGUUUAACACAGGGAGAGCUGGCAGAGGCAAUCAACAAAGGGUCAAGUGAUGACAUAGAGACCAGGAUGAAGAUGUCACAGUUUCAUAGAGUCUGAUUUGCAAAACCUCCUUAAUGAAGUAGAUCAGAAGGACAGGCAGUGCUGGAUGUCCGUGGCAGGGAGGUAGUAUUGGCAUAGAGUGCUGAUUUCCUCAUACCCAGGACUCCACAACACCAGCAAUGUACAAUUUCAAAGACAUUAUCAGGGUAAGCAAGGUUACAUACCUUUCAUUCUCACCUUUCUAGUGCAACAGCAUGCUCUUCAUCUUCUACAAAGUAACAGCUAUACAACUAAGCCUUCACAAUACACUCUUGACAGCUAUGCCUCUUGAGUCUGCAUCUAUUAUUUGUGGUAUCAGGGAAGCUUCCUCUUCAUUGUAAUCUGCAGCUGACCCCCACCUAAGAAGCAGUGAGAAGCCAGAUGGGUCCAUCAGCUCCGCAGAAGGAGAGACUGCAGGUGGGGUGGUAAUAGGGAAUCAACUCAACAUUAUCCUGUAGAUAAAAUCAAAAUACUGCAGAUCCUGGAAAUCUGAAAUAAAAGCAGAAAAUGCUAGUAAAACUCAAGUCUGACAGCAUCUGUGGAGAGAGAAACAGAAUUGAUAUUUUGAGUCCACAUGACUCUUCUACAGCUCUGUUAAUUCUGUUUCUUUCUCCACAGAUGCUGCCAGAGCUGCUGAGUUUUACCAGCAUUUUCUGUUUUUAUUCAUCAUCCUGUAGACAUUGGUUUGUAUGUCAUGGCAGCCCUGCUCUGUUUUUCAUUCCACUGUUCAAGGUGGACACAGAUCCAGGGCCCAGUGGAAUAGCAAUUUGCGCUGCCUGACACUGCUGUCUCUUAGGAAUGCGAUGGGUAUCAGGCUACCAGCCUUCCCCCUUAGUGUAUCACACCAGUGGAAUGUAGGAGGUGACAUGCUCCAGAGAUGCAUCCAGAAGCGGUUCCCUGUCAGAAACCCACUGCCCUGAGAUGAAGGCCACUUUGGUCCCAUAACCUUUUUGUAGAACAUGGAUAAUCAAUCAUCUCCCAUGAUCCCUACUUUCAGAUUGCACCUCAGAAUAGUGGUUGAAAGAACGGCACAAUGUGAGGAAAGAGUAGGUUGGCUUGUGUUCACUUUAGGCUCUGUUAUAAUAACUGGAACUGGCACUUAUGGGUGCCUUGCUACUCUUGCUGGUUAGAGUCCUAGAGAAAGGAAAACACUUAUUGGGUAUUUAUUUAUUCAAUCUGAUAAUGAUUACUGGCACGGUCAUUUCAAGGCAGAAAGUUGAUGUGUUGUGCUGCUCUGAGAUUGAAGGAAUAUUCCUUUAUUUGGAAGUGGGAGGGAAGAGAUGAGGCACCAUCAUUAAAGGCAGACUGCAGUAAUGGGAUGUGCUCCAAUGCCCCUCACAGCAGCCGCUGGAGAAGUCUACAGUGAAGGUCACUGUGAUGCUUUCCUUCAUGUCAUUCUCCCUCCAGGAAGGCUAGGGCCACUUCUCCAGCAAUGGCCAAGUACAGACUUUUUUGAUCUCCAGCAAUGGCCAAGUACAGACUUUUUUGAAUGGACGCAACAGGCUGCAACUGUGAUUGACAGGAGACAGAGCAACCUAUAGAGCCCGACUUCAUCAGUCAAGGCAGUGAUGGGUCUUUUACUGGCAACUCCUGCGCCUUUGGUGAAACAUGCUCUUGUGCACAUGUCUUUACUCUGAUCCUCAUGACCUCUAGUGCCUGUGAGUGAGAACAAUGUCUGUUGAAGCCUAUCCUCCUUAAAUCUUCCUGAUACACUCCAUCCUGUGGCCCUGCUCAAUAAUAAUAAAAUACAAGAAUAUGGCCGUGGGUAAUGAUUUUUCCUCAGAUACCUUCAUUCUGGGUGGAAUUUGAAGAUGGGGGAGGGAUCGCAAAUCUCCAAGUGGACUCACACUGUCAGAGACAGUGAGAGACAAGUCCAGGUCUGUCGAGGCGGAAUGCUGAAGAACCCAAAACAUCAUUGCCAGUAGCAGAACAUCUCCACACACUUCAACCUCUCAAACACCUCACUAUCGCAUGUCUUAGUUGACUUUCGCAACAGCUGCAUCUCAUAGAAUGUCGGUCUAACUUACCUAGAGCGUGCUGUAAGCAUAAAAGCAGGAGCCUCUCAGGCAGCGCUGCUGGCCCUCAAUAAAUGUAAAUGUGCUCAGUCACCACACAAUGGACUAUAGGAACAUAGGAACAGGAGUAGGCCAUUCAGCCCCUCCAGCCUGUUCCACCAUUAUUGAUCAAAGCUGAUUUAUACCUCAAAUCCAUACCCCUUAACACCCAGAAUCACGGAAUUGUUACUGUGCAAAAGGAGUCCAUUCCACCCAUCGUGUCUGCACCAGCUCUCCAAAUGAGCAUUAUAACUUAGUGCCACUCUCCUGCCUUUUCCCCGUAACCCUUCAUAUUGUUUCUAUUUAAAUAAUCAUCU